UAAACGACUAAAAUUUUUCAUUCGGUAGAUUUUUUUCAUUUGCAAAAGAGAUACAAUUCAUUUCAAGUCUAUCUAGCAGAGUAUAUUUUAAAUUAAUUAAAUACAAUAUAAGAAACUAUAAACGCCAUUCAAAAUGGGUUCACUGUUUCGUAGUGAGGAAAUGACAUUAUGUCAGUUGUUUCUGCAAAGUGAGGCGGCCUAUGCCUGCGUGUCGGAAUUGGGAGAAUUGGGAUUAGUGCAAUUCAGAGAUCUAAAUCCCGAUGUUAAUGCAUUUCAACGAAAAUUCGUCAAUGAAGUUAGACGUUGCGAUGAAAUGGAACGUAAAUUGCGUUAUUUGGAAAAAGAAAUUAAGAAAGAUGGUAUACCCAUGUUAGACACCGGAGAAAGUCCUGAAGCUCCUCAACCUAGGGAAAUGAUUGAUCUGGAGGCUACUUUUGAAAAACUUGAAAAUGAAUUAAGAGAAGUUAAUCAAAAUGCCGAAGCAUUAAAACGUAACUUUUUGGAGUUGACCGAAUUGAAGCACAUUUUGCGUAAAACUCAAGUCUUUUUCGAUGAGGCGGUACCCUCGAUAACAUAUAAUACAACAUCCUAUAAAUACCGACGUUAUCGACAGAUGGCCGAUAAUCAAAAUGAAGAUGAACAAGCCCAACUUUUGGGUGAAGAAGCUGUGCGCGCUAGUCAACCAGGACAAAAUUUAAAAUUGGGCUUUGUGGCUGGUGUUAUUUUGCGUGAAAAGUUGCCAGCAUUUGAGCGUAUGUUGUGGCGUGCCUGCCGUGGUAAUGUCUUUUUGCGUCAAGCUAUGAUUGAAUCGCCGUUGGAGGAUCCAGCAAAUGGCGAUCAAGUUUACAAAUCAGUUUUCAUCAUAUUCUUCCAAGGUGAUCAGCUUAAAACACGUGUUAAGAAAAUAUGCGAAGGUUUCCGAGCUACAUUAUAUCCUUGCCCAGAGGCUCCAGCAGAUCGCCGCGAAAUGGCCAUGGGUGUUAUGACCCGCAUUGAGGACUUAAAUACGGUGUUGGGCCAAACUCAAGAUCAUCGUCAUCGUGUGUUGGUGGCAGCCGCUAAGAAUCUUAAGAACUGGUUUGUCAAAGUUCGCAAAAUUAAAGCCAUCUAUCACACGUUGAAUCUAUUCAAUUUGGAUGUAACACAAAAGUGUUUAAUUGCUGAAUGUUGGGUGCCAGUUUUGGACAUUGAAACCAUACAGUUGGCUUUGCGUCGUGGAACUGAACGUUCGGGGUCAUCGGUGCCGCCCAUAUUGAAUCGUAUGCAAACGUUUGAGAAUCCUCCGACGUACAAUCGUACGAAUAAGUUUACCAAAGCUUUUCAAGCGUUAAUUGAUGCGUAUGGUGUGGCCACGUACAGGGAAAUGAAUCCGGCACCAUACACCAUUAUAACCUUCCCCUUUUUGUUUGCUGUAAUGUUUGGUGAUUUGGGCCACGGUGCCAUUAUGGCAUUAUUCGGUCUCUGGAUGAUACGUAAGGAAAAAGGCUUGGCUGCUCAAAAGACAGAUAAUGAAAUAUGGAAUAUUUUCUUUGGCGGUCGCUACAUCAUCUUCCUGAUGGGCGCCUUUUCCAUGUACACGGGUUUAAUCUACAAUGAUAUAUUUUCCAAAUCUCUGAAUAUAUUUGGUUCGCAUUGGCAGGUGAACUACAAUACGUCAACGGUUUUGCAUAAUAAGUACUUGCAACUGAAUCCGGAAGUAAGUGACUAUACGGGUACUCCAUAUCCGUUUGGCAUGGAUCCGAUAUGGCAAGUGGCUGGCGCCAAUAAAAUCAUAUUCCAAAAUGCCUAUAAAAUGAAAAUUUCCAUAAUAUUCGGUGUUAUACACAUGAUAUUUGGCGUGUUGAUGUCCUAUCAAAAUCAUACAUACUUCAAAAAUCGUUUAUCGUUAAUCUAUGAGUUCAUUCCCCAAAUGGUUUUCUUGAUAUUUCUGUUCUUCUACAUGGUCUUGUUGAUGUUCAUCAAAUGGAAUCGCUAUGCAGCCACAAAUCCACAACCCUUUUCGGCAUCAUGUGCUCCUUCAAUUUUGAUUACAUUUAUUGAUAUGGUACUGUUCAAUAAACCAAAGGCUGUGGGAGAAGGCUGUGAGGUAUAUAUGUUUAGUGGCCAAAAAUUCUUCCAAACCGUAUUUGUUUUGAUAGCUUUGGCCUGUAUACCCGUUAUGCUUUUGGGUAAACCCCUACAAAUAAUGAAACAACGUAGACUAGCUAAUGUUCAACCAAUUACUGGCUCUAGUGAUGCUGAAGUCGGUAUGUCGAAUGGCCAAGCAGCUGGACAUGGCGGUGGAUCUCAUCUUGAUGAGGAAGAAAUGUCUGAAAUAUUUAUUCAUCAAGGCAUUCAUACAAUUGAAUAUGUUUUGGGAUCGGUCUCUCAUACAGCUUCCUAUUUGCGUUUGUGGGCUUUGUCAUUGGCUCAUGCACAACUUGCCGAAGUCUUGUGGAAUAUGGUGUUGUCGAUUGGUUUGAAACAACAGGGCUGGCUUGGUGGCAUCAUGUUAACCAUUGUUUUUGCAUUCUGGUCCAUUCUAACUGUUGGUAUUUUAGUACUAAUGGAGGGUCUGUCUGCCUUUUUGCAUACAUUACGUUUGCAUUGGGUUGAAUUCCAAAGUAAAUUCUACCAGGGACAAGGUUAUGCAUUCCAACCAUUCUCCUUUGAUGCCAUUAUUGAAAAUGGUGCUGCUGCUGGACCAAAUGAAAAUGAAUAAAUUAAGUGGGAGUAAAAUAACCUCGAUUCAUAUACAAAAAAAUCAUAAAUUGAGUCUCAUAUUUAAAUUUUAAUGAAUUUAUUAUAAAAUAAAAGAAAAAGUUAAUGGUAUUUAGUCGUAAUAGCACCUAAUUGCUUUUAAAACUAUAUACAUACAUUGUAUUUAAUAUUUAUACAUUUAUUAAACAUAUUCAUUCAAUAUUGUAUUUAUUUAGCAAGAAAUUAAUAAUAAAAAAAAACAAAUUAUGCAACCAAAGUUGAGAAGAAAAAAAUGUACCAUGUGUAUACAUAAAGAGAUUAAAAUUAUCAAAAAUAUACAUACAUACUUAUAUUAAUUAUUUAGCAAAAAAUAUAUAUAUAAAAACAAACAAUAAAAAAUUGUUAUUUCUUUAAAUUACAUUUGUUAGUCUUAGAUGUAUUGUAAUACCUACUACUAUAUAAUUUAUGAUAAAAAAUAUUUUAGCCGGUGACUAAAACCAUGAACUUCAUUUGAAUAUUUCAACAGCUUUAAUGAAAUGUUUUAUCUAGUGAAACAGUUUAACUAAUGUUGAUGUAUUAAAGUAUAAUUUCCAAUUUUAAUUAAAAUUAAAACAUAUUAGCAUGUUAAAUUAUAAUCACAUGAAUUUAUAUAUAAUAUUAAUAAUAUUCAACUAUUUAUGUAUUUAUAACAUGACAUAUAAUUUUUUUAGUAAAUGUUAUUUGCUUGGCAUAUUGGUAAACCUAAAUAGAGAAAAAGAAAUAAAAAUAAAAAAUGCUUGGAAUAGGCGCUAUUCCGAAACAGGCCAAA